CUCUCUCCGCAAUGUUUGACUUUGAAAUAUCGUCAACAUUCAUUGCAUCAUUUUAAUGUUGCUCAUGCUUUCACGUCUAUUGCUUUAAUUUUUUAGUUUUAGUGAAAAGAAUGCCACGUCCAAGACAUUCCUAUGAUUUGGCCGAUGAGGGCAACGAACCUUCCACCUUCUUUCAAGCUCAAAGUGCCAAAACAUCAAAUCAAGGGACUCUAGGUCCAGAUGGAAAACCAUGUCGAACCUGUACGGAUUUUAGGUCUUGGAUGAAGAAGGCUGGAAGUUCCGCCAGUUCCAACCAAGGUCGGCCUUUAUCCAUCAGUGAAGAACAGGCUGCUUACAUUGAGAGGGAUUUGAAAGGCUGUCCUCAAGAUAAGGAUGAGUUGGGUCGGUCCACUUGGAAGUUUUUACACACAAUGUCCGUGAAUUAUCCGGAGAAACCGAGCAUUCAAGAACAAAAGGAUAUGGUUAACUUCUUAGGUCUGUUUGGAAAAUUCUACCCUUGUGCCCCUUGCGCUGAAGACUUCCGCAAGGAUUUGGAACAGAAUCCACCAAAAGUGGAAUCAGAUAUGGCUUUGUCUCGGUGGCUUUGUCAAGCUCAUAAUCGAGUCAACAUUAAGGUUGGAAAACCCGAAUUCGAUUGUUCCAAGGUGCUCGAGCGUUGGCGAGACGGAUGGAAAGAUGGGUCUUGCGAUUGAAAUUUGUAUUUAGAGUUUGAAUUUAGAAUGAAAAAUAGUAUAUCUAUGAGCCUUAUCCAGAGUAAAGACGAGUAUUUGAA